AUGGCUCGCCUUUCGUCCUACUUUGUUGCGCUGCUCGUGGCAGCUUGUUCUUACCAAGUGGAUGCCGUACCGCUUGAAGCGCGUCACACAGAAUCAACCACGUCAGUGCAAGCCACGAUCACAGGUCCUGCCGACAUUCCAAAUUCGACGGCAGGGGGAGUGAAUCCGACCGUCGUGUGUAACGUUGCUCGCAUUCAAACUGCGACUGACCUCACUACGUCUGCCAAAGCGAUGGAGGAGGUCACUGCUGUGGCCGGAGACGCGGCCAAGGAUGGGUUGAAGACCGCCACUGAAGGCCUGGCUGCCAUAGCCGAUUCUCUCGUCGCUGGGGAGGCACCAAACGACGCUGAUGGAAUCAACCUCACAAAUGGGUUGAUGGCUGCAAAGACGGCCCUUGCUUCAAUCCAAACGGUCGACACCACCACAGAUGGCGCUGUCGCAACCACUGAAUUCCACCUCUCCCGCACGAUUGAGGCUGGGGGGAGGGUCGUUAAGAAUUGCCAGGCUGCAGUCGGAGGCUCUAAUGCGGGUUCUUCAAAGGCUACGUCGAGCUCGACAUCUACCAGUGUUAGUUCAUCCGAAAGCAUCUCCUCAAAUGGAACCACCUCCGAAACCGGCAGUGACACAUCUUCCUCUACCAUUACUAUUACGUCCCAGAUAGCGAAAGCCACGGGUGUCCACGCUGGCAGCAUGGGAAGUGGUCACAACAAGAACGGUACUGUCGGCCACAAGAUGGUAAACAACAACGGUACCGCCCACCACAAGAUGAAGCAGAGUGGUAACAUGAACCAGUUAACAACAAUGUCCCAUACCACUGGAGCGGCUGGGUGUACCUUGAAUGUCAUAACCCAGUGCGGGGCUGCCCUCCACCGGGGUGUUGGUGACACACCGGCGGCCAUCAUCCAGUUGAAUACUUAG